GCGGAAGCGGAAGCAGGCGGCCGGGCUGGGGCCGCCGGGCGGGCGCUGAGGAGAACCGGACGGGUCCGUGCCUGGCCGCCAUGCCCAGCCCCCGGAGCAGCCCAUCCCGCCGCGCCGCGCCCGUCCCCAGCCCGUCCCGCCGCGCCGCGCCCGUCCCCAGCCCGUCCUGCGCGGCCGUGGCGCUGCGCUCCCUGCUGGCCGCCGACCUGCGGGUCUCCCGGCGGCUGGGCGUGUGCGCCGGGGAGCGCUCGGCCUGGGGCAGCGCCAGGCCCCUCCUGCGGCUCCUCGAGGUCUCCGGCCACGGCGUGCCCUGGCUGGCGGGCACCCUGUAUGGGCUGGGCCGCAGCGAGAGCCCGGCGGGCCGCGAGGUGCUGCUCAACCUGCUCUUCGCUUUGGUGCUGGAUUUAGUCCUGGUGGCGGUGGUGAAAGGGCUCGUGAGGAGAAGACGUCCCACUCACAACAAGAUGGACAUGUUUGUCACUAUCUCUGUGGACAAAUAUUCCUUCCCAUCAGGCCAUGCUACCAGAGCUGCCAUGGUGUGCAGAUUUGUCCUACACCACCUGGUGCUUGCCAUUCCUCUGCGGGUCCUGGUGGUUCUAUGGGCCAUCAUUGUGGGCAUCUCCAGAGUCAUGCUGGGCAGACACAACGUGACAGACGUGGCCUUUGGCUUCAUCAUGGGCUACAUGCAGUACAAUGUGGUGAAAUACUUCUGGCUGUCGCCCCUGAGUGCACCCGCUCUCUUUGGAGCGUGGAAUCAGUGAUGGCCAUAAUGAAAAGGAAGAGGCACACAUUGCAGUGUCUUAUGCUGCUCAGAGAGCAUGAACCGGGACUGGAUGAAAGAAUCAUCAUAAGCCUCAUCUGACAAGCAAGAUUGACAAUAUCAACAACAUCAUGCUUCAUUCUGCGGGAUAUGUGGACUCAGGCUGGGACAAAAUGAGAUCUGUUGGAAAGCUAUUCUUGGUGCCAUCUUGCUCUCAAUGUGCUGCUGGGCCAAAACAUGUACCAGCCCAUACGGUUGCACUGGCCAUCCCAGGAUACGAUCGCUCCACAUCUCCAGGUGCUGUAGAAGUCGGACGGAGAUCUGCAUAUUAGCCAAGCAGCUAAUUCUUAUUUUCUUGGUAUUUAAGAACAUGCAUCAGUAAGGUCUGUGGUUAGUAGAAAUACUGUAAAUCAGCACACAGCAGAGGAUGCCUGUAGUAUAGCUGGCUUACUAUCUCAUAUAGCAGAGGUGGGCAAACUACGGCCCGCGGGACCGUCCUGCCCGGUCCUUGAGCUCCCGGCUGGGGAGGCUAGCUCCCGGCCCCUCCCCAGCUGUCCCCCCUUCCCCCGCAGCCUCGCUGCGCCACACCGCCAGCGCUCUGAGCGGCGGGACUGGCUCUGGCCGGAAGCUCCUGCCGCUCUGAAUGGCAUGGUAAGGGGGCGGGGAGCAGGGGGGUUGGAUAAGGAGCAGGGAGC